CCUGGGCCAAGACUCAGGGAGACAUUGAGACAGAGCGCUUGGCACAGGACGAGCGGGGUCAGGGCGAAGUCCCAGGGUCCCAGGGGUGGCUCUGACGGUCUCAGACCCCGAAGGCGGUGUAUGGAUUGGGGAGGCGCAGCGUUGGGGACUCCUCAUCUCCGCAGAGUUUCUCUUCCUCUCCCAACCUGUGUCGGGUCCUUCUUCCUGGAUACUCACGACGCGGACCCAGUUCCCACUCCCAUUGGGUGUGGGUUUCUAGAGAAGCCAAUCAGCGUCGCCGCGGUCCCGGUUCUAAGGUCCCCAGUCACCCACCCGGACUCAGAUUCUCCCCAGACGCCGAGGAUGGCGCUCAUGGCGCCCCGAACCCUCCUCCUGCUGCUCUCCGGGGCCCUGGCCCUGACCGAGACCUGGGCAGGCUCCCACUCCAUGAGGUAUUUCAGCACCGCCGUGUCCCGGCCCGGCCGCGGGGAGCCCCGGUACAUCGAAGUCGGCUACGUGGACGACACGCAGAUCGUGCGGUUCGACAGCGACGCCGCGAUUCCGAGGAUGGAGCCGCGGGCGCCGUGGAUGGAGCAGGAGGGGCCGGAGUAUUGGGAGGAGCAGACACGGAUCGCCAAGGCCAACGCACAGACUGACCGAGUGAACCUGCGGAUCGCGCUCGGCUACUACAACCAGAGCGAGGCUGGGUCUCACACCUUCCAGAGGAUGUAUGGCUGCGACCUGGGGCCGGACGGGCGCCUCCUCCGCGGGUAUCACCAGCACGCCUACGACGGCAAGGACUACAUCGCCCUGAACGAGGACAUGCGCUCCUGGACCGCCGCGGACACGGCGGCUCAGAUCACCCAGCGCAAGUGGGAGGCGGCCAAUGUGGCGGAGCAAAAGAAAGCCUACCUGGAGGACGAGUGCCUGGAGUGGCUCCGCAGAUACCUGGAGAACGGGAAGGAGACGCUGCAGCGCGCGGAGCACCCCAAGACACACGUGUCACAUCACCCCAUCUCUGACCAUGAGGCCACCCUGAGGUGCUGGGCCCUGGGCUUCUACCCUGCGGAGAUCACACUGACCUGGCAGCGGGAUGGGGAGGACCAGACCCAGGACACAGAGCUGGUAGAGACCAGGCCCAUGGGGGAUGGAACCUUCCAGAAGUGGGCGGCUGUGGUGGUGCCUUCUGGAGAGGAGCAGAGAUACACAUGCCAUGUGCACCACGAGGGGCUGUCUGAGCCCCUCACCCUGAGAUGGGGUAAGGAGGGGAUGGGACGUCAUACCUUUUGGGGAAAGCAGGAGCCCCUCUGCAGCACUUCAGCAGGGUCAGGUCUGGGACCUGGGGGUCAGGGCCCCUCACCUUCCCCUCCUUUCCCAGAGCCGCCUUCCCAGCCCACCAUCCCCAUCGGGGGCAUCGUUGCUGGCCUGGUUGUCCUUGGAGCUGUAGUCACUGGAGCUGUGGUCACUGCUGUGAUGUGGAGGAAGAAGAGCUCAGAUAAAAAAGGAGGAAGCUACUCUCAGGCUGCAAUUUUUGUUCUACCCCAGGCAGCGACAGUUCCCAGGGCUCUGAUGUGUCGUCUCUCAUGGCUUGUGACGCAUGAGACAGCUGCCUUGUGUGUGACUGAGAGGCAAGAUUUAUCCACACCUUCCGUUUGUGACUUCUAGAACCCUGACUUCUCUUACUGCAAAGGCAUCUGAAUGUGUCUGUGUCCCUAUAGGCAUAGUGUGAGGAGGUGGGGAGACCAGCCCAGCCCCGCGUCCACCAUGACCCCUUCCCCACACUGACCUGCAUUCCUUCCCCGAUCACCUUUCCUGUUCAGAGACCUGGGGCUGUGAUGUCUCCAUUUGUGUCUCAACUUCAUGGUGCACUGAGCUGUAACUUCUUACUUUCCUACUAAAAUUAGAAUCUGAAUAUAAUUUACUUCUUCAAAUUAUUUCUAUGAGAGAUUGAUGGGUUAAUUAAAAGAGAAGAUUCCU